AGCAAGUGUGGCAUCCUCAAAUGCCCCUGCAGCAGAAGCAACCGACCGCCAUGCCCCAGCAAGUGUGGCAUCCUUCUCAAAAGGCCCUGCAGCAGAAGCAACUGAUGCCCCAGCAAUUGUGGCAUCCUCGUCAAAUGCCGCUGAGGCAUAAGCAAACGACCGACGUGCCCCAGCAAGUGUGGCAUCCUGCUCAGUUUCCCCAGCAGAAGCAACUGGCCCCUAUGCCUCUACUGCAGAAGGAACCAACCACCAUAGCCCAGCAACCUCAGCAGGUGUGGCAUCCAGCUCAAAUGUCCAAGAAUCGAACACCCACUGAACCUCAGCAGAAGCAACCAUCCACCACGCCCCAGCAAGCGUGGCAUCCAGCUCAAAUUCCCCUGCAGCAGAAGCAACCGGCCACUGAACCUCAACAGAAGGAGCUGACCGCCAUGCCACAGAAGCUACAGGCCUCCAUUCUCCAGCAGCCUCCGCUCGUGUGGCAUCCAUCUCAAUUUCCCCAGCAGCAGAAGGAACUGGCAGUCGAGCCCCAGCAGCAGAAGGAACUGGCAGUCGAGCCCCAGCAGCAGAAGGAACUGGCAGUCGAGCCCCAGCAGCAGAAGGAACUGGCAGUCGAGCCCCAGCAGCAGAAGGAACUGGCAGUCGAGCCCCAGCAGCAGAAGGAACUGGCAGUCGAGCCCCAGCAGCAGAAGGAACUGGCAGUCGAGCCUCAGCAAGAAAGGUAUCCAUCUCAAAUGGCUCAGCAGCUAAUCAACCCCGUUCCUCAGCAAUUAUGGCAUGUAGGGCAAAUUUCCCAGCAGCAACUGGCCCCAUUGUCUCAGCAGAAGCACUACGAAAGCACUGAAGAUGAUGCCUCUGGUAGUUCUCAGGCCAGCAUUGAACAGUCAGGUGUCAUCCCAAUCUCUUCCUACAGUUCCAAAUCGCACUACAAGAAUGGCAGAACUGUCUUUUCCCAAAUCAGCUACACUCCUUGGGAGGCAAUGCCUGUUGACAGUGGAAAUGCUCCCAAGGACGGUUAUGUUGGCAUUGGUGCACCAAGCAUAUAUCCAACACUAGUGAAGGAUUCUGCAAGGGAAAUAUAAUGGAUUCAUCCUCUAGAAGCUCUAAUGACCAGGAAGUUGCUGGUGCUCUUGCUACUCUAGUGUGAUGGAAUCAAUAAACAACUUACUUUAAAAAUG